CUAUUUCCCACUCGCAUCCAACGUCGAAGGUCAGCUUGCUCAAGGUGCGAGUUGUUUUGCUGUUGAGCACCUAACGUUAGGGGCUCCCUGCAAGGGGCAACCGUCAGGUGCAGCCAUGGCGUUGCGUUUCAAGAGCAAGUUUCAAGGCGACCCGACCAUCGAGACUGACCAGAAGGAGCGAGGCAUAGAAACGAUGAAUGAGAAGGCGCUGGACGCCGAAUGGAAGCGGAUCCAGCAGAAGACCUUCACUCGCUGGUGCAAUGAGCACCUGAAGAAAGCGAGCCUGUUCGUGCGCGACCUAAGCGCCGACCUGACCGAUGGCACCAAUCUGAUUGCGCUCCUGGAGAUGCUGAGUGAGAAGAAGGUCGGACGUUACAACAAGCGUCCCAAGAACUACCCGCAGAGUUUGGAGAACGUGGCCAUCGCUGUCCGCUUCAUUCACAAGGAGAACAUUCGCCUGGUGAAUAUUGGUGGCGAAGACAUUGCCCAGGGUAACAUCAAGCUGAUCCUGGGAAUGAUAUGGACACUGAUUCUGCAUUACCAGAUCAGUGUUGCCCUUGGCGGAGAUGGCAAGGCUGGCCCGCCACCCAAACAAGCCCUCCUCACCUGGCUGCAAGGAAUGCUCAAGGACCGGAAGAAGAUCAGGAACCUGACGAAAGACUGGAAUGAUGGCACAGUCAUUGCAGCACUUGUGGACGCGAUGGCGCCGGGCCUGAUGCCGGAUUGGAACGAGCUGGACCCGGAGAAUGCAGUUGAAAACGCCACGCGAGCAAUGAAACUAGCAGAGGACUGGCUCGGCGUCCCCAUGGUGCUGGCCCCUGGUGACAUGUGCAACCCACACGUCGACGAGUUGAGUAUGAUGACGUAUCUUUCACAAUUUCCCGACGCAAAGCUGAAGGACGGCGCGCCGCUGAACAAGCCAACCGAUGCCCUGGCCUGCAGCGCCCGUGGGCCUGGAUUGGAGCCGACCGGCGUCAAGCAAACACGCCAAGCGCCGUUCACUGUCUACACCCCGAAGAAGACGCAGGGCAAGCUUACCAUCACGUGCAAUGCGCCCGAUGGCAGAGAGGUGCCGGUCAAGGUCGGCGAGCGGGCGUCCGACGGUACCUAUGCCUGCUCGUACGUACCCGAGGAGCUUGGCGAGCACGUCGUCACAAUCCUGUACAACAAGAGCGACAUUCCGCGCAGUCCGUUCAAGGUCGGAGUCGAGCCCAUCUCUGACCCAGCCCGCUGCCGCGCCUGGGGUCCUGGUGUGGACGGUGGUGGUCUUGUUGAGCAGAAACCGGCAAAGUUCAACGUGAAAACGAAGGGUGCUGGCGAGGGUGAUCUGUCCUAUUCAGUGACUGGUCCCGACGGAAAUGAACUGGGACCAGAUUUUCUCAAGCUCAGUCAAGAUAUGGCAGGCCAGUACAGUGGAUCCUAUACUCCCAACCAAGCCGGACCACACACAGUUGUGCUCAAGUGGGCCGAUCAGCACAUUCCUGGCAGUCCGUUUGAGGUGAACGUCGCCCCUACGCCUCCGGAUGCCAAGAAAGUGCGUGCCGUGGGUCCAGGUGUAGAGAGUCAGGGUUUGGUCUGCGGACAGCCAGCCCCGUUCCAGGUCAUCUCAAAGGACGCCGGUCGUGGUGAGCUGGAUGUCAAUGUGCGCGGCCGUGGAGGAGACAUUCCAUGCGAGAUUGUAGACAACGGCGAUGACACGUUCGACUGUCAGUAUGUACCGCAAGACGAAGGCGAGGUGUUUGUCAAGGUGCGCUGGUCGCAGGCGAUGAUUCCCAAGAGUCCGUUCCGUGUGUCCGCCCAACCUCCUGUCGAUGCCAGCAAGUGCGAGGCUACCGGUCCGGGAGUUGAGCCGAUGGGACUGCGUGUUAACCAGGCAGCGCCGUUCAAAGUGUCCACCAAAGGUGCCGGUCCCGGAAAGUUGGAUGUGGACAUCGUAAACCCCGGUGGUAAUAAGAUGCCGUACGACAUGCAUUCAAUCCGAGAUGGCAGUGGCGUUACCUACACACCCGUCUUCCCUGGACAGUACAAAGUAGCGGUUACAUUCGACGGCAACCACAUUCCCAACAGUCCAUUCGAUGUUGGUGUGACUGAUCCGAGCCGAGUACGCAUUUCCGGUCCAGGGAUCACCGACGAUCAGCCACUGAAGGUCGGCGUGCCUGUGCGCUACGAAGUUGACACGUCAGAAGCCGGCCCCGGGGACCUGGCAGCUACUCACCAGUGGGGUAACAAAGCCGAGCAACCUUGCACUGUCGAACAGACCGGACCCGACACAUGCUCUCUGGAAUUCACACCGGAGAGAGCCGGCACCGAGAAGGUCAACCUGACUUACGGCGGUUUCCCGGUCCCGACCGGGCCGUUCCCUGUCAACGUCCUUGACCCCAGCAAGGUGAAGGUACACGGUCGUGGUGUCGAACCUGGUCUAAUCACAGGACAACCGGCGCCAUUCGUCGUGGACUGCCGUGAAGCCGGUGAUGGUCCUAUCAGUGUACGCAUUGAAGGCCCAGCAAACACCAAGCUGGAUAGUACCACCGAUCGUGACCGCAGUCAGCGAUGCGUGUACUAUCCUAAGGAACCCGGCACGUACGAGGUGCACGUGAAGUUUGCCGAUGAGCCGUUGCCCAUUAGUCCAAUCUCGGUUGAGGUAGCACCAUGCACAGACCCCGGCAGGGUGGUUGUCAGCGGACCUGGUGUGGAGCCAACCGGGCUGGUAUCCAGUAACCCAACAUACUUUGACAUUGAUGCACGCAUGGCCGGAGAGGGUGACGUUGACGUCAGCGUCACUGGUCCCGAGCGCAGCCAUGUACCUAUCAACAUCGUGGACAAUAAGGAUAGCACUUUCAGGUGCCACUAUGAGCCACGUCUCGGUGGUGACCACACCGUUGUAGUCAAAUUCGCCGGCACGCACGCGCCCAAGUCGCCGUUUGCCGUCAAAGUCAAGUGGGCCACAGAUCCGGCCAAGGUGAAGGUCUGGGGAGAUGAUUUGGACAGUGGCGUGGCUGGAAUUGAAUCUGUGUUCCACAUUGAUGACACGGAGGCCGGUGAUGGAAACCUGGAUGUACUCAUCGAGGGACCGCAGGAGGCAAAGAUGAAGAUGGAGAAGAACCCAGACGGUACGAAAACUUGUCGCUACACACCGCCAGUGGAGGGUGACUACUAUGUGCACGUGAAGUUCAAUGAUACCGAAGUGCCCGAUUCGCCAUUCAAGGCUGAGGUUGAUCCACAGACCGAUGCCAACCGUGUUCGUGCGUAUGGCCCCGGUCUGCGUCCGGAAGGUGUACGAGUGGGUGACGCUGGCAACUUCAAGAUAGAUACACAGGGAGCUGGCCGUGGCAACCUGGAGGUAAAAGUGGACGCACCAAAGCCAAGGUCGAGCAAGGUUCAAGUAGCACCGAGCAGUGACGGGCCUCACAUCUCCGACGCUGUCUACAACCCCACCGCAGUCGGUACGUACAACGUGAACAUCCUGUACGCCGGCGAUCAUAUCUAUGACAGCCCGUACACCGUGGGUGUCAGUGACCCGACCAAGUGCAAGAUCACCGGUCCAGGUGUCGACAAUCGAGAACUGGCCAGAGUCGGAAAGCCCGUCGAGUACGUGCUGGAUGCAACACAGGCCGGACCUGGUGCCGUGAAGGCAGCUGCAAAGAAUCCCACCGGCGCCCAAGUCAACUUGGACGUGGAGCCCAUGCCAAAUUCCAACGGCAAGUACAAGCUGUCCUUUGUUCCGGACGAUGCCGGUACAUACAACGUGACAGCUACGCAUGCCGGUCAUGCCAUUCCCAAGGUACCGUUCGCCCUCGGCUCGGUGGACCCGACCAAGGUCAAGGUCAGUGGUGACGGUUUGGAUGGCGGCCGCGUCAAUGAAAUGCUCCCGAUCGACGUCGACGCCAGAGAGGCUGGUCCAGGAGGCCUGAACCUUGGCUUGGAAGGACCAGGCCAGGCCCAGGCCGAUGUGGUGGACAACAAGGACGGCACAUUCCGUAUCAACUUUGUACCGAGCACCGCAGGAGAGUAUCGCUUCAACAUGAAGUUUGCCGACGAGGAGGUGCCGGGCACACCGUUCCGCAUUCCCGUGCGUAACAUCAAGAACGCUAAAGUCAGCGGACUGGACAAGGCUCCGUACUACGUGGGCGAGGAGAUCUGUGCAACCGUGGACACUCGCAAGGCCGGCCCGCCUGACACACCUGUUACGGCCCGUGUGCAAAGCCCAUCCGGAGGGGACUUUGAACCCGACGUGGAGAUGCCCGCCAAGGGCUACAGCAAGGUUAAGUUUGUACCCGAGGAACCCGGUGUGUAUGAGCUGAACCUAGGACUGUUGGGCGAGGAUCUGGAGGAUAUGCCUGCGAAGCUGGAGGUAUCGGAUCCAUCCCGCUGCGAAAUCAACAAAGGUGGUCUUGAAUGUGCAUGCGUCGGUGAGCCAGUCUUCUUCACCGUUGACACCGCUGAUGCUGGACCAGGAGAGCUCGAUGUCAUGGCCAAGGAAGCCAGAAACAAGAAACUACCCAUCGACAUCCACCCAGUUGCCGACCAGCCAGGCCGUUACGAGGUGGAGUUUGUCCCAACGCAAGCAGGAGAUGUUGAGGUGCCCGUCUUGUUUGCCGGCCGCAGCGUGCCCGGUGCUCCUCUCAUUGUUCCAGUAGCUGAUCCUUCGAAGUGCACUGCCCAGGGUCCGGGCCUGGAACCGACCGGCCUGAAAGCACACCGUCAAACAUUCUUCGACAUCAACACUGCUGGUGCUGGUGUGGGUGAAGUCGAUGUGUCCAUCGUCAACACCGACACCAUGCAGGCACUGGACUUUGACUUGUCCGAGGCAUCCAAGGCCACUCACCACGUCGAGUACAACCCAGACAUGGCCGGCCAUUUUGAGAUCAACCUUCGCUUUGCUGGCAAGCUGGUGGCACAGAGUCCAUACAGUGUAUCCGUGAGUGAUCCGUCGCGUGUCACUGCCCAUGGUCCAGCGCUGGAAGGUGACAGCAUUGUGAACGAGCCCGCACACUUCACCGUAGACAAGUCCGAAGCCGGUGACGGUGAACUGGAAAUCGCCAUCACUGGUCCAUCCACCCCGGAUGUCGAGACCAAGGACAAUGGUGAUGGCACAGUUGAUGUGACCUUUGUUGCAACUCAACCGGGCAGGUACGAUGUAAAGAUCAACUUUGACGACGAGGAGGUGCCCAAGAGUCCGUACACGGCGAGCAUCGUGCGCCCGCCACCGGAUGCCAGCAAGGCCAAUGUCAAGGACCUGUCGGCCCAGCCGCUGGUCAACGAGCGCAACGAAUUCACGGUGGAUGCAUCCGCUGCUGGAGGCAACGGUCUGCUCGAGAUUGGCGUGCAAGGUGGCUACGUUCCGGCCGAGGAGAUCACGGUACGACACGUUGGCGACUUUGUGUUCGCCAUCAACUACCAGAUUAACGAGGAGGGCGAGACGAUGAUCUCCGUCAAGUGGCACGGCGAGCACGUACCAGGCUCUCCUUUCCGCGUCUACGUCAGCAACACUGGCGACGCAAUUGAUUUGUAAACGUGCGCACCUCGGCAAUAGGAAUGCAGCGAACUAAGGAUUUCUCAUGCAUUCGCUUGCUGAUGCUUCACUUUGACAUUAUAAGAAGCUUCUUCCCACAAAUGCUAUUUUCAGUUUUAUACACGGCUGUAUCUCCAUAUUCUGUAUUGUACCCACAAAACAUUCCCUCUCCAAAUUCUGCUUUGCACACACCCCAGAAAUCAUGCCCUAUUUUUAGAUACUUGUCAACUUUACAGGUUCUCCACCGGAACCCCUACUGAACGUCCUUUCUAAUUGUUUGCUGCUUUCACUAUGAGCGCAACAUGUUUGUAAAGACAAUUUCUUGUUCGUUGUCUAGCCACUCCCUGCAUUCUCUAAUAGAACUGAUAUAUUAUAGAAAGAAUGCCUGCUCUCUGCAGCCACUCACCAUCAUGGAAUUGUUUUCCAAAUUCGGCAAAAAAAAUUGUCGAACCUUAGAA